AUGGAAAAUAAGCCAAAUAAGGAAAAUAUGCCAAGUGAUUCAGGUGAGCCAAAUAAUCCUUUGCGGGAGAAAUCAGAAGGAAAAAACUGCCAAACGAUUGGCAAUUUUGCUUUCUCAAGUGGAGCAAAAAAAAAGAGUUGCAUUAUGCAGGGAAAGGAACUCCAACUGAAAAUAACCCCUAGACUGAGAUCCCCGUUGGAGGCGAAAAAAAAAAAUAAAAAUUGUGCCAACCAAGUGCAAGCUGAACGAGUGGCAUGCCAGGAGCCACAAACAGGGGAACAACAUAACCAUCACGAAGGAGGGAGCAAAAUAUUCGCCUUUAAGAGGAAAGAAAAAAAGGCAAACAAGCCUGAUGACGAAAGAAACACUAUUUCUGUAGAAAAAAGCGCAAGUAAAAUACGCGAUGAGGAAGUAACAAAAACAGUAGCGAAUGCUCAAAAAAGCGUAAACACAUUUUGCGCGGAAGAAGAUACCCCCCGAACAGGUGAACGAACACCCGAAAAGGAAACAAGCGAAGCAGCCUUUAAAAAAAAAAAAAAAGGAGCACGUGCUGGGAAUAAAAAAAACAAGGGAGAGAGGUACGAAGAUAUUGUUCCAAAACUGUGGGAGUACAAAAAUGCUUCUCUUAUCAAUUUUUUAAAAAAAAUUAAAAGGGAGAAAUUUCAAUCCACGGCCCAGAUUUUUAACGAGAAAUACUUGGAGAGAAGAAAGGAAGAGAGGGAUCACCAGGGGGGUAAAAAAAAAGGGGCCAAGUACUGGGAACGAACGGGAAGCAAAAGCAGCGACAUUGUUGGAAAUAAGAACAAAACCCCAGCCGUGAAGAUUCACCGGGUGAAUAUGCAGAAUGAUGAUUGCCCCUUGGAGGGAAUCCACCCAGGAAUAGAAAAAAGUCAAAACCCUAAUGAGAAACACAAAUCAUGUCAAAAAAGAAACAGCCCUUCCAACGUACUACAAAUGGAAGGUGUAAAUAGCAAUACAUUUUAUGAGACACAAUGUGACAAGCAUUAUGUGAAAAUUAACAGUAAGCAAUGCACACAAGAUGUUGAUAUAGAUCAUGACUUCUUUUAUAACAGGAGUAAUCACAUGGGAAGAAAGAUGGACAAGGAAGAAGAGAUGCAGUCCAAUCACGCAUCCACCAGCAGCAAAGUGAAGAAGUUUUUCUUAAUUUUUUUCAAUGGGUGUUUAGUUGUAUUUUUGGGGGUCAGCAAUAACAUAUGUGGUAGGAUGAGGAAUCGAGUGCUGAACAACUUUGACAGCUUAACUGCGUCCUAUAAUGCUAUAGCCUACGUGGCGAUUUAUUUAGUGCUCUGCAUUAUAUACUGUAAGUCAAGGAGCAUUACCAAGGAACACUGGUCUUAUAUAUAUCCGUGCUUGAGAAGGUAUUUUAAGAAAAGGGAGAAAAGCGCUGAUGCGAGACAGAUGGAUAAGAGAAAGGAACAACCGAAGCAGCAGCGCGAUUGUACCAUUGAUGUGAGGGAUCAAGAGGCAAUCAAGAGGAAGAAGAAAAUCAUGAAGAUGUUCUACAUUCACAAGAAGAGGAUAUACGAGCCGCUGCUGGAGAAGAGCGAGGGAGACGUGGAGGUGCGGAAUGGCAGUAUAAGCGGCAGCAUAACGGGUCGCAUAAGUGGUAGCAUACAUACCAGCAAAUGCCAUAGCAGGUGUGGCAGCAGAGCGGGUGGCCGUAUUGAUAUCCCCACUGUGCGUCCAAGUACCGGGCAAAGUGGCACCCAAAGUGGAGCAGCCAAUCCACGUACAAAGUCAAGACAGGGAAAAGAUGCACGAACCGAGGAAGACAACACCCUCGACAGCCACAGCGCACUAAACACAAGUGAGCCGCGCUUCCAUGAAAAGAAAGAACAGAAUGACGGAAAAACGCACACUCGGUGUCGCUGCAGUAAUGCCACUGUGGAGAACUCAGAUGAGGAGGGAGUCUACCCAUUUAGUAAGCAAGACAUAAAGGACAUACUAGAACAUUACCAACAUGAUAAACCGUACGAGGAUGUCCUUCGCUGCAGAGAGACAACGGAGAAUAGAGUGUAUUCAAGUGUAAAGAAGAAGUGGAGAAAUUUAGGAGCAUACAAAUAUGUAGUCGUCAUAGCCUUAUUUGACAUAAUAUCGAACACACUGUAUUUUGUGUCCCAGCUAGCCAUUCCACUAACCAUCCUACUGCUCCUGAAUCAGUUGAAUUUUAUUUUCUCCAUUAUAUUAUCGUACUUGAUUUUAAAAAGGAAGUACAACAUUCAUCACGCGUUGUCAGUCAUUAUCGUCAUAGUGGGCUUUCUCUUCUUCUACAUUCCCUACGUGUACAAGGAGAACACAAUUGUUACGAAGCAGACUAUGGUCAGCUAUUAUAUGAACUCUCACUUUUAUAUACAUGUGAAUGAUGCACUCCAUGAUAGUGCUAGCUAUUUUAGCAGAUUCUACGAAUGUAAUGAACCCACGUGCAGUUUGGCAGCUCCGUUUGGUAUAUUCGCAUCUAUAAUUUUUUGUGUGCUGUCCAUUUUGCUAACAUCCUACGGUGGGGUGAUCAGGGAAAUAUUUUUCUCCGAAUAUAUAAAAGGAAGAGAGAAGCGUCAGAAGGUGGUGAGCAUAAGGAAGGAGAAAAGGAAAUGCUCUCAAUUGUGUAGUGCCAUCUGCGCUCCAGAGCUGGGGGUAUCACAGAAUGGCUUCUGCGAAAUGGAGACAGAAGAAAGAACAUCCUCGGGGGAGAGUAACAAACAGGGGAGAAAGCACGACCAUCAGGAGGAGGAAGCUCUCGUUGAGUAUCCCCCUUUUAAUAAACCGAAUGAUGCCAUUACAAAUGGGUACAUGAUAAAUGUGCAAGAGUUAGGUGUAAGCCACGAAGGGGGGCCUGAUGAAGUGUUAAGCGGAGUGUCUGUGUCCCACGCGAAUCGUAUCGUGGAGGGGGUUGAUAGUACCGAGGGCCAUUUCACGUCUCCCUGCCCGGUGUGCGGGCAGCGAGGUGGAGAAUUGAGUGCAUCCAACGGGGUACUCGAUAUUAUGCAGAACAAACCGCUUCACAGCCUCGUCGAAGUGGAGAAGGUCACUCCCAAACGUGACACAGUGAAGAAAACGAAGAAAGAAAGAAACGCGUCAGACAAAAUGAGCGUCAUACUUCUAUCUUUCAACAUUUCGCUAAUCCAAAUUUGUUUGCUCCCAAUGAUAAUACAUUUUCAGCUUUUGUUUAACAAGAACAAGGACGUCUCUUAUUUGCUAUACAUCAAGGACAGCAUCCAGUGCUUUUCAGGACACACGAUGGAGAAUAACUCCAAUUGUAAGUACUCCUUUGGUGUGUAUUGCCUCUACAUAGUGGUGAACGCUAUAUUCAAUUUAAGCGUGUCGUCAUUCUACAGCAAGUACUCUUCCGCCGAGUGCUUCUUAAUUUUGAAAUCAUCAACCCCGCUUACUCUGGUCGUUUUAUAUUUUUACGACUUCCCGUUUAUCCUGGAGAGUGACAAAUAUUUUUCCAUUUAUUUUGUGAUCAGCAUAGUGAUCGUUUUUACUGGCGUCAGUUACUUCUUCUAUCAGAGCAUCGCGUCCGAUAGGAAAAAGAAGAAAAAAAAAGUUGCCGCGUAA